AUACUUUGACUAAAUACUAGUACUAGUCAAGUGUUUAAUAUACAAAAUAAGCUCCAUUUGAUAAUUUGUUCACAAUUUUGAGUUCAAAUCUACCAAAAUUGCAGUUUGUUGUCAAAAGUUACAGCAAUGAAACUCAGUUUGAAGCUAAUUUAUAAUGGCAGCCUGAACCAUGUGGCCCUCAGAUUUUUGUCUGGUAUUGCCGCCCCGCCCAGAAACAUUGUCCUUGCUGGUGCUCCUGGAUCAGGAAAAACUACUGUGGCUAAGAUGCUGGGAGAGAAAUUGGGAUGGGAAGUGGUGGAUAUUGACGAUGACUACCUUGAGCCAUUUUGGGGCAUGGCUGUGGCGGACAAAGUGAAGGAGUUGGAACCACAAGGAUACGAGACAAUUCAACAAGCUGAGAGCGAUGCAUUUUGUCAACUUCGUUUGCCCAAAGACAAGGGCUACAUCAUAUCUCUCACUGGAUCUGUGCCUCUGUGUCCUAGGGCCGCACAGCAUAUGCGCACGCUGGGCUCCACAAUUUACAUUGACGUGCAAUCAGACGAUAUCAUCGAGAGGCUAGGAAUUAUGAAAGUUGACAGAAUAUUUCGACACAAGCCAGGGGCUUCCAUCAAAGAUGUUCUUGCAUGGAGAGCAGAAAAAUACGACAAGGCAUACGAUUAUAGAGCGCUAGUACCCAAAAACGCAGACAAAAAUGAAGUUUUCGCUCAAGUCAUGGAUUGCGUUCAACGGAUGUCGAGACCUGAAACCUAUGUUUCAACGAGGCACCCUCAAAAUGAAGAAGACUCGGAACCCAGUAACCUCAGUUUUCUGGAUGUUAUUCUUGAAAGUGUCGCAUCAGACGGAGGUCUUUAUUGUCCUAACGUCAAGUUCACUCCAUUCAGCGAAUCACACUUAGAAAGACUGGCAGAUUUGCCGUGGGUCGACUUGAUCACAAGGGUUCAAGAACGGUUGAUUGAUCCUUUGGCUGUCAGUCCACAGAAUCUGAAAAAUAUUAUUGGCCAGGCGUACCAAUCAUUCGCGGACCCGGCAAAUCCUAUUAAAAUUCAGAAACUCACAGAUAACACCUUUGUGAGCGAGUUGUUUCAUGGACCGACUGCUUCCUUCAAAGAUUUCCCGUUACAACAACUUCCCCAUUUCUACAAAUUGGCUUUAGAAACCAACUCAGUAAAACAAAGAAUACUCAUUCUGGUGGCCACAUCUGGCGACACUGGAGGAGCUACCCUGGAUGGGUUCCAGCGUCUUCAGGCGACGUCCGAUUCGGAUCAGAUGAGGACAAUGGUGCUGUAUCCAUUCAGCAAUGUCAGCAAGAUCCAGCAGUCGCAGAUGAUUCAUUAUCACAACCCUCCACUGUCAGAGGUCUACGGAGUGCAAGGGAACUUCGACGAUUGUCAACAGCUAGUCAAACGAUUCUUUCGUAAACAAGCCGCUUCUGAUCUACAGAACGGUUCUUAUCGCUUAUGUUCAGCUAACUCUGUAAACUGGGGCAGAAUCAUCGGCCAAAUUGGGAUGCAAUUCGGAUCUUACUUCCAACUUGUCCAGCGAGGUUUAAUUGAUGUCGGAAGCCCUGUAGAUUUAUCCAUCCCUUCUGGAAACUUUGGCAAUAUUUACUCAGCUUUCUUAGCCCAAAAGAUGGGUUUGCCUAUUCGUCGACUAAUCAUGGCAUCCAAUGAAAACAAUGUUCUCACAGAUUUUGUUCAUAUUGGUUCUCUUGACAUAAAGCGUGAUUUAGUCUCAACAACAUCGCCUGCUAUUGAUAUUUUGCAGCCAUCGAAUUUGGAACGGUUCAUUUUCGAUGUAACUCAUCAAAACUCAGUAGUGGUUCGGAACUACUACAGUAGUCUGAGACGAAAAAGGAUCUUCAAACUACCAGGUCGCAUGUUAGAAAGCAUUCAGACCAUUCUACGAGCCGACUGCUGUUUCCAAUACGACGCCGAAAAAGCCCAGCACAGAGUAGCACGCGAGUACAACUAUCGGAUAGACCCGCAUACCGCAGUGUCUUACGAUGUCGGAUUGCGCAAUCGAGAUCCGAACACGCCUUUAGUCGUAUUCUCCACCGCUCAUCCUGGCAAAUUCCCCAGCAGCGUCGGGACUGACGUCACAGAACCUGUAAACCAUUCUGGUCUCGAGAAACUUUCGAAGACUCAAAAACCGGUAUCACCACAUACUCUACUUGACAUUGAAAAAACUAUUCAGGGCCUUAGUGGGUAAUUCAGUAAUGUUUAACCCAGUCUCACGUGGUAUGACUUAUUAGAAACUAAAAACAAAUAAAAAUCAAAAGUAACUUUGUAACAUUAUACUUUGAAUCGAUUUCAAAUCAAAUACGAGUCACUAGAACAUUAAUAAAUAAAAGUUAGACUGCUA